AUGAAUCCAAAGGAAGCAAAGAUUUUCUCUCUGGAGGAAGUGUCAUUUCAUGCUGACCAAAACUCAUGCUGGAUCGUAAUAAAAGAUGGAGUUUACGAUAUGACUGACUUUGUUGAGAAGGUAUGAAAUGUUAAACUGGUCUUCGAGUAGCCGCUUCAUCCUACAGAAAAGCUAAUGUUUAGUUAAUAUACAAAAGACGAUCAAUAAUCGCAACUACGAAGCAAACUCAGUUCCUGUGACUGUAACAGAACAUUUGAGGUUUGAAUUUAAAGUUCCCAGCCUCGUCCCCAGGGAUCGAGAAUAGUCCCAGGUAUUCUCUUAACUGCAUGAUAUUCCCUGUAUAUUCCGUAUAAUGAAAUAGCUGAAAUCGCAGCCAACCCACUCUAAGCUUACAUUUUUAAAGCAAGCUCAAACGGUCCGUCUUUGACAGGUGCCCCCUCCCCCAUCCCCCAGAGUGUCAAAGAAAAAGACUGAUGGAACACUGAGACUGUCCUCUUGUUAAUGAUAGCACUUUUCACAUCUUUCAAAAUAAGUAGCUUUAGGAGACAUUUUCUUCAUAUCUUUUUUAGCAUCCUGGUGGAAAAGAAAUCAUGCUAGAACACGCAGGUGAGUCACCCGGGGUGAGUCAGCCAUUAAGAGCGGUGUAGUGUAAUCCAAUUCAUACCCGGCAAAUGAAAGAACGUCAUACGAUGGUUCGGAUAACGCCAGGGUGCAUUGAAGACUUGGUCAGUUCGAGGACACUGACUCACGGACAGAUAACUUUUCGUGCUAUUUUAUAAAUGAAUGAUCUUCAGGUUAAAAUGGGCCAUUUGCACGAUGACGUCUUUUUACUACUAAGACCAGAAUUCAUUUCGUUUUUCCUUUCAUAUUUAAAUUUGGUAGUCCCAGUGAGGUUUUAUUAACAAAAGCCUUAAUUUGCACAAGAAAGCAAUACCCUGAAGGAUUCCGGUCGUAGUAGUAAAAUGACGCCAUCGUGCAAAUGGCCUAUUUCAUGCAAUAAAACUCAACUUUAAUGAAACAGCGACUUCUUGUCACGUCAUUCUUUUCAUAGGUUUUAGCUCAUUCUCUCUCGGUUUUAUAAAAUACAAAUAAGAAAGAUUCUGGACAUUCUUUGUUAGACACAAACUAAUCCUUUCACCCUAAGAGGGUAGCUUAGCUUUUGGGUCAAAUAGUCCUGGAAGGGUAACAAAGAAGGUCAAAUAUAAAUAAAUAUGAUUUUGCAUUUUAUAAAGGCGAAACUAAUUUUUUCAAGUUGCAAUCCAUUUCUUUUCUUCUCCUACCCUUAAUUCUGGGACUGAUUGAAGCCAAUUGUUAACUUCCACUGCCUCACGAAAGACAUACGUCUUUUAACCCUCUCUCAAGGUUUGGAUGCGACAACGGUAUUCCAAGACAUUGGUCACUCAGCAGAAGCCUUAAAGAUUCUCGCAAAAUACUAUAUUGGUGAGCUGAGAGAGGUGAGGAUACAUGCAAACACUACCUACAUUAUAUAA